GACUCUCUGGGUGACGGAGAGCGGAACAGGGGAGAAGUGAUCGUCGCCGCUGCGGAGGAGUCGCUGCCUGUUUACCGACGCGGGAGCGGACGUCGCCUCCGCUGUUGUUUCGAUUCAGCCGUUUGCAGCCCGAGUCGAGGCGGGAGGGGAGCGGAGGGGAGGCGGCCAUGGAGCCUCGCGGCAGCAGAGACGACGCCAAAGGGCCGGUGCUGCACAUCGUGGUGGUGGGGUUCCACCAUAAGAAGGGCUGUCAGGUGGAAUAUUCGUACCCGCCGCUGAUGCCGGACGAGGGUCACGACAGUCACCUGCUGCCCGAGGAGUGGAAGUACCUGCCGUUCCUCGCUCUGCCUGACGGAGCGCACAACUACCAGGAAGACACGGUGUAUUUUCACCUGCCGCCGCUGGCCGAAGACAUGAAGUGUGUGUACGGAGUUUCCUGCUAUCGCCAAAUAGAAGCAAAGGCCCUGAAGGUGCGGCAGGCCGACGUCACCCGGGAGACGGUUCAGAAGAGCGUCUGCGUCCUCAGUCGAGUGCCGCUCUACGGUCUCCUGCAGGCGAAGCUCCAGCUCAUCACACACGCCUACUUCGAGGAGAAAGACUUCUCUCAGAUCUCAAUUCUCAAGGAGCUGUACGAUCACAUGAACGGCUCCCUGAGGGGCUCGGCUCUCGAGGGAUCGCAGUUUUAUUUAGGAUUAUCGCCGAGAGAUUUAAUCCUGCACUUUCGACACAAGGUUCUGAUCCUCUUCAAGCUCAUCCUGCUGGAGAAGAAGGUUCUGUUCUACGUGUCUCCUGUCAACAGACUAGUGGGAGCUCUGAUGACGGUGCUGUCACUGUUCCCAGGUCUGAUGGAGCACGGCCUGGUGGACUCGUCCCACUACAGACCUAAGAGCAGCGUGUCGGAGGAGCUCAGUCUGGUGGAGAGUUUCUCCGGAGCCGACGAGUUCGUCUCCGUGUCUGUCACCGACAUCGCUGCCGCCGCCCUGGAGCCGGAGGAGGGGGAGGACGCCGCCGGCACCGCCGCCCGGCCGGCUGCAGAGUCCCCGUACCCCGAGGGGGACAACCACCUCCUCAAACCGCCAUCGCGGACCUCCCCGGAGUCCUCGGAGAGCGACUGGGAGACCCUGGACCCCAGCGUGCUGGAGGACGUCGGCCCCAGAGAGACGGCUGAGGGGAAGGAGGAGGAGGCGGCGGCGUCCAAAAUGCCGGACGCCUUCGCCUCCGAGCCCGGGACGCCCAUCACCGUGCAACCGCAGGCGGUCAGCGGUCAGGGCGCCGUCGCACAGGGCCUGGUGUCCGGUCUGGAGGAGGAUCACUACGGCCUGCCGCUCGCCAUCUUCACCAAGGGUUACCUGUGUCUGCCCUACAUGGCGCUGCAGCAGCAUCACCUCCUCUCCGACGUGACGGUGCGAGGCUUCGUCGCCGGGGCGACCAACAUCCUCUUCCGCCAGCAGCGGCACCUGAGCGACGCCAUCGUCGAGGUGGAAGAAGCUCGCGUGCAGAUCCAGGACCCGGAGCUCCGGAAGACCCUGAGUCUGACCACGGCCGACCUGCGCUUCGCCGACUACCUCGUCAAGCACGUGACAGAGAACCGCGACGACGUCUUCCUGGACGGGACGGGCUGGGAGGGCGGAGACGAGUGGAUCAGGGCCCAGUUCACCCUCUACCUCCACUCGCUACUGUCCACCGCCAUACAGCAAGAUAACGAGAGGCUUCUGGCCGAUUACGGCGCCGGCUUCAUCGCGGCGUGGAAGAUCACCCACAACUACCGGGUGUGGUACAGCAACAAGCAUCCCGCCAUGACCGCCAUCACCCCAGGUCACCCGUUCCAGGGCCAGUACAGUGUGGCUGAUGUGAAACUGCGACUCUCACACUCGGUGCAGAACAGCGAGCGGGGGAAGAAGAUCGGAAACGCCAUGAUGACCACCAGCCGCAGCGUGGUCCAGACGAGCAAGGCAGUGGGUCAGUCGGUGGGCGGGGCGUUGACCAGCGCCAAGUCGGCCAUGUCCUCCUGGUUCUCCACGCUGGCCCAGCCCGUAGCCGAGCCCCCUCCGGACUGCCCCGAGCCCGCCGCUGAGGUCAAACCGUGACCUCCAGUGUGGUCGUCCUCCGACCCUCUGAGGGUCAGUGGUCUGGGAGCUGGAUCUUAUGAAGGAGCGUGAGCAGGUGAAUCUAAAUCUCAACAGUCACACCCCCUGAUCAGAUGCUGCUCUGGACAGGAAGGCGGCGCCGCCGUUAUACGAACUGUACAGUCCACAUCCACUGUGAGGCCGAGACCUGAUAUCUCCGCAGGCCGCAUCAUGUCUGACACUAAAGAUGUCGUCGGGUUUCUUGGGGUUUUUUUUCUCUCUCUGUGCUGCGUAAUUCAAGAGUUCGUCUCUUCACUCGACUGUAAUCAUGUAAAAAUCGUAAAAUCUGCAUCUCGGGAUUUGACAGGAGAGCAUGAGCUGACGAUUGGAACAGUUGAGUUUAGUUUUUCCCACUUCAGGCCCCGUGUUUGACGUCUCUACGACGACAUUGUGGUUGUCUCGGUAAAGGUACAGGUACAACCUUUAUUUCAGUUUCUCAGUCUGAGGCCAAGUCUACAGCGGAGUGUAAAAAUGAUUAGUGAAAUGAGUGAUUAAUCAGUUGAAAGAAACUUUUUCCUAUUAUCAGGAAAAAUGCCAAACAUUUUAAUUUCCUGCUUCUAAAAUGUGAACAUGAGCCGGUGUUAUUUAAUUUAUCGUCAGAAAUGUAAUAUAUUUUGGGUAGUGAUGUAGUAAGAGCUUAUCAGACGAGUCAAAAAUAUAUAUAUAAAACAUAUUUCGUCUAAAGAAUUAUCAUGGAGAACAAACAAUAAGCGUAAGAUUCUCAUCAUUUUUAUUAAAAAGGAGAGAAAACGAUCUUUAGUUAGAGCUAAAUGCUUUGGCUGAUUAGUUUGCUAAUAGGUUAGUUAGGGUUAGAUUUUUUUAAAUAUGUGAUGAAAUGAAGAACAGAGACAUUAAAAUCAGAUACGGUAACAAAUAAAGUCCAAUAUUUGUUUCUAGUGUGGUUUUGAUGACAACAAGAGACAAGUAAUUAAAUAAUAAUAAUAGUAAAUAGAUAGUUUUUUAUUCAUUCAUUCAUUCUGAUUGUUGCUAAUGGAAAAAUAAAUCUUUUUUUUUAUCUCCACCAACCGAUUGGAGGCUAAAGCAGAAUCAUAAACAACGAUGUUUGUUAAUUACACUUGAUUUUUAAUUAUUUAAUCAACAAUAUUGUUUAUUGAUUCACUCAUUAUUAAAUGACAGCCAUGUCGGACAUUUUGAAAUGCAGGAGAAAUGAUGUUUGGCGUCUUUCUUGAUAAACACGUCGCAUUUCUCCUGUUCUCACACAAUCAAACACAAGAACCCACGAAAAUUAAUUCACAAAAGUAUGAAUUCUGUUAUGGAAACAACUACAAUGUUAUUUACGUAAAUCCUCGUGAACUUGUGUUCCCUGAUGAACGUGAUCAAAGCUCCCUUAUGAAGGAACCCGCCCCCAGCUGUGGUUGACCCCUCAGGCCCUUUUCUACUUUGCCGUCAUUGUAUAUAUUUGGGAGAACUAUAUUGAGUAAAAAUCUGCUGAUAGCAUAAAGUCAGAUAACUUAUUUAUUUGUCGUGUGAAUCUCAUGAAAAUUAUCCACGUUUUGUCACGACGACACUGGAACGAGUCCUGAUCCGUGGACCGCGUGCGCGUGUGUGUGUGUGUGUGUGUGUGUGUGUGUGUGUGUGUGUGUGUGUGUGUGUGUGUGUGUGUGUGUGUGUGUGUGUGUGUGUGUGUGUGUCUUUGCACAAAGCAGCCGUUCAAUUCUAUUUAUGUGAAUCUUUAUCUGGUAUAACUGUAAUUUUUUGAGACGUUUACAGGAUCGUUUUCCCUCCAUUAUAAGAAUAUUCCACGACUGUUGGAUUUGAAGCGGUCCAGCGAGCAUGCUCUGUCCGGUCCGGUGUGUCGUCCUGCUGUCUCUUGAAAAAAUGUUUUAAACCUUCGCUUUUUUCUUCGUCACACUUUUAAAAACCUUCUUUAGUUCCAUUGACUCAUUUCUUGAAUUUUGCUUUUGAUGCCUGGAUUAUAUUUGAGGAAUCUCAUCAGCUGUUGAAGCUGCUUUUUUUUUGUUGCUUUUUUUUUUUUUUUUUUUUACCCUCUGAUGAUAUUUUUUGUAUUUAAAAGAUAUGAAUGUAUUGUGAACUCAAAUUCACGGAAUAUUUUUCUCGACAGAUGCUUUCAAUGUAUUUCAAAAAAGAAAGUGAUACUAUAUUAAAUUGCUGUAUUAAAAGAAUAUAUAAUUCAA